AUGACCGCCACUAUAGACUCCGAGACACUCAAGCAGUACUUGGCCGAUAGCCCGCCCACUGUCGUGCCUCUGACCAUCAAGCCUCACUUCGAUGCGCUCAGCGACAAGGAGAAGCUCUACGCCCACCAUCUCUCAGUAGCCUGCUUCGCCGGAACACGCGUCGUCCUCCGCCAAGUCUCCCCCGAAUCCGAGCACAUCUACGACUUCAUCGUCGCCCUCCAUAAGCACGCCAAGGGCGACUAUGCUUCUCUCGCCAAAGACACCGGUCUCUCACAAGAAGAGAUUGACGCAUACCUCGAUUACUCAGCGCAGUUUCUAGGCAACCUAGGCAACUUCAAGUCCUUCGGAGACAGCAAGUUCGUGCCCCGCCUCGAACCGCGACAGCUGAAGGCACUCGCGACCGCCUCCAAAGAUACUCUGGCCAUAUACGAAAAGUUCAAGGACGCCAUAUAUGCUGGUGACGAUGUGGGAAAGCUGCAUCUGGGCUACCCCGGUGCGGGACACAUCUCGACCUACUACCCCGACAGCCCCGACAUCACCAGCGAACAAAUCUCCAGCGUGAGCGAUUUCCUCGAGGGCAAAGGACUGCUUCCGGAGAACACACGGAUCAAGAAGGCGAAGGAUGGAUACGAGGUUCUCAUUGCUUCAGCCUCGGACAACCCAUCGGCAGAACAACGCGAUCUAAAAGAAAGCGAGUGGACAAUGGACGAUGGUAGCAAGGUGAAGCUGGUAUUUGGUGACUACUCUAAGGAGAUGGACACCAUCGCGCACCACAUUGAGCAGGCGAAGAAAUACGCAGCCAAUGACCACGAGAUCAAGAUGAUGGAAGAAUACUCCAAGAGCUUCAGGACGGGGUCGCUACAGGCCUUCAAGGAGAGCCAGAAGGCUUGGGUACAGGAUAAGGGACCUCAGGUGGAAUCGGACAUCGGAUUCAUCGAGACCUACCGCGACCCGCACGGCAUCCGUGGCGAGUGGGAGGGCUUCGUUGCCAUGGUCAACAAGGAACGGACGCGAGCCUUUGGCAAGUUGGUCGAGACCGCGCCACAGUACAUCCCUUUGCUACCGUGGGACAAAUCGUUCGAGAAGGACAAGUUCCUUAGCCCUGACUUCACCUCGCUCGAGGUGCUGACAUUUGCGGGCAGUGGCAUCCCUGCCGGAAUCAACAUCCCCAACUAUGAUGACAUUCGGCAGAACUUCGGCUUCAAGAACGUAUCGCUUGGCAACAUCCUCUCUGCAAAAGCACCAAACGAGGCUGUUCCUUUCAUAAAAGACAAAGACCUGGCCACGUACCAAAAGUACCGAGACCCUGCCUUCGAGGUCCAGGUCGGCCUCCACGAGCUGCUAGGCCAUGGUUGUGGUAAGCUUCUCCAGGAGACGGAGCCGGGCGUUUUCAACUUCGACAAAGAGAACCCUCCAAUCUCACCACUAAGCGGCCAGCCAAUAAAGUCUUGGUACAAGCCAGGCCAGACUUGGGGAUCAACAUUCGGCACGAUCGCUGCUUCCUAUGAGGAGUGCCGUGCCGAGUGUGUCGCCAUGGCGCUCUCUUGCGAGUUCCCCAUCUUGCAACUGUUCGGUUUCGGCGACGGCAAGGCCGACAUGAACAGUGAGGCCGGCGACGUUCUCUUCACAGCAUACCUUCAGAUGGCCCGCGCUGGUAUCGCAGCUCUAGAGUUCUGGGACCCCAAGAGCAGGAAGUGGGGUCAAGCCCACAUGCAAGCUCGCUUCUCUAUCUUGCGCACAUUCCUCAAUGCCGGUGUCGAGUUCUGCCAGCUGGAGUGGGAAAAGGACGAUCUCUCCGACCUGACCAUUCGCCUCGAGCGUGAUCGCAUCCUGGAUCUAGGCCGCCCUGCCGUGAAUGACUACCUUCAGAAGCUGCACAUCUACAAGGCCACUGCCGACUACGCAGCUGGUAAGAGGAUGUACGAUGAGAUCACGACUGUUGAGCCCUUCUACGAGAACAUGGUCAGGCCGGCCGUUCUUAAGAAGAAGACACCCAGGAAGGUCUUCGUCCAGGCAAACACUGUCGAGAAGGACGGCAAGGUCGACUUGAUUGAGUACGACGCGACCAACAAGGGCAUGAUCCAGAGCUGUGCGGACAGAGACUACGUAUGA